AUGUUGGAAUUGGAGGGGCUAGUUGAUGGUCUCUUUGAUGGUUCAAUUGAAGGAGACAAAGAAGGCACUACAGAUGGAUUUAUCGAUGGUGUUGUAGAUGGGAGCACAGAUGGAGAAACAGAGGGAACGGAGGAAGGUGGCGCAAAUGGAUUGGCAGAGGGGUUGAAGGAUGGAUGCUGGGAUGGUUUUCUUGAUGGAUUUGACGAUGGAUUUGAUGAUGGCUGUAUACUUGGUAAUGUGGAUGGGGCACCUGAUGGGAACUUUGAGGGAGGCAAAGAUAGUGACUCCGAUGGACUUGCGGUGGGCAGUAAAAAGGGGAGUGCAGAAGGCAACACUGAAGGCAAAUCUGAAGGAUUAUUGGAUGGAUUGAUUGAAGGUGUUGAUGAAGGAUAUAGUGAUGGUUCAUUGGACGGGGUAAUUGAUGGAUGGAAAAAUGGCUUCUGGCUUGAUGGGGCCAUUGACGGAUUGAGAGAUGGUUUCAUGGGAGUUCCUGGAGUCAUCGAAGGAGUUGUAGAGGGAGAUUCUGAACGUAUCUGUGAAGGCUGCAAUGAGGGGCGACUAGAUGGGUCCAGUGAGGGCACAGAAGAAGGACUGGGUGAUGGCUGUCCACUUGGAAGUAACGAGGGAACUCUCGUUGGAAUCUCAGAGGGAGAAAGUGAGGGAUAG